AUGAAAGCUGAAGCAAUUCGUGGAAAAUUUGGACAAGUUAUACAAAUUUCUAAAACAGAUUUUGUUAAAGAGGUCACAGAAACUAGUAAAGAAGCACCAGUUGUUGUACAUUUAUUUAAAGAUCCGAUUGUAGAAUGUAAAUUAUUAAAUAAAUAUUUAAAUGAUUUGGCAAUAAAAUAUAAAUCAACCAAAUUUGUAAAAAUAAUUGGAGAUCAAUGCAUACCGAAUUAUCCUGAUAAAAAUCUACCUACUUUAUUAAUUUAUCAUAAUGGAGAUUUAGCACAACAGUUGGUUGGAUUAUCAACAUUAGGUGGUAUUAAUAUGAAAUUAGAAGCAUAUCUUUUGUCAGUGGAUGCAAUUGAAGAGGUGUUAAAAUGA